AUGGAUCUCUCAGGCUCUUGGAUGUUUGUGGUUUACAAGGAUGCUGUGUUGCAGGCCAAGGAUGAUACCCAACAACUUCAGUCGGUUUUUCGAAGAAGAAGAGGCGACGAUUCCGGGUUCGCGAAUGAAGUUAAAUCAUACUUAGCAUCAAGGAAGAAAGCCAACAAGUUGAUAAACAAGUCUUUGAAAGAUUUAAAGAUCAGCAAAUGUGUUGCUCACAAUGAUGUUGAGACUACAUGUAGCAUGUUAAGAGAUGUAGAAGGAGUUACUUUCUCAGUGUUGGAAUCAGUUUUUUCCUACAUGACUGCAUCAAUGCCGGAACCAAAAUCGACCAACUGGUCUUUGGUGUCGAAGUCGAUGCACUCGAAGCACGUAACCUGCGGGGGACGAGCUUCAACAACCAACGAAUUCGAGAGGGUGAGUGCAACGCUGAGCAAGAGGAGGCCUCCAAGGGGAGUAGGGCCUCUCUUUGUCAAUCAUAAAUUUCGAAUGUCUUACUUUUCAAGCAAUCAUUUUAUCUCUAUAUGA